CAUGACGUCAAUUAACUGACAAGAGUCCACUUCCCUAUUUGUUCAAACAAAAGUUUGAAGCGUUCAAAGCAGAGUGCAUUCACUGUUCUGCUUGCGUCCAGCGUCACAUUCAGCAUGGGCAACUUCGCAGCCAACGAGGGACUCUCCAUCUUUGUCAUUCUUGUUUGGCUGGGGAUUAACGCCUUCCUCUUCGUCCACUUCUACAUGGCUUUUCUUGUCCACAAGUGGUUCUACACACGGGUUCUGCUCGGGCAUGCUCUGUCAUGGGCUCGAGCGCCGGCCGCCUGCCUCAACUUCAACUGCAUGCUCAUCUUGCUGCCCGUCUGCAGGAAUCUUCUUUCCUUCCUGCGCGGCUCCAUCCAGUUCUGCAGCCGCACAGCCGCUCGCCAACUGGACCGGAACAUCACUUUCCACAAGCUGGUGGCUUAUAUGAUCGCCUUUCACACAGCCGUGCAUAUCAUUGCACACUUGUUCAACUUUGAGUAUUUCAUGGACGCGCAGCUCAAUCGCAACAGCAGCUUCCUGCCCUACAUCCUGUCGGAAAUUGGCCACGGUGACAACGCGUCCUUCCUCAACCCCAUCAGGUCCAAUGAGACUAACCCGACCCUCGUCAUGUGUACAACCAUCGCCGGUGUGACGGGUGUGAUCAUUACGCUAGCCCUCAUCCUCAUCAUCACUUCCUCAAUGGAAGUCAUCCGCAGGUCAUACUUUGAGGUGUUCUGGUACACACAUCAUCUUUUUGUCCUGUUCUUCAUUGGACUGGUGUUCCACGGCUUUGGGAGGAUUGUGCGAGGACAGACGGCAAGCAGCAUGAUCACCAAUGACCCAGAUGUCUGUGCUGAAAAGUUUGAGGACUGGGGUAAAAACGAGUCAUACUGUGCGGUUCCAGAGUUUGCGGGAAACCCACCAAUGACCUGGAAGUGGAUUGUGGGACCUAUGAUCCUCUAUGUAUGCGAAAGGCUAGUUCGUAUCUAUCGGUCACACCAGAAAGUGGUGAUCACCAAGGUGGUGAUGCAUCCCUCCAAAACUCUGGAGUUGCAGAUGAGGAAGAAAGGUUUCCGCAUGGAGGUGGGUCAGUACGUCUUCAUCCAAUGUCCGUCUGUCUCCAGACUGGAAUGGCACCCCUUUACCAUGACCUCAGCCCCAGAGGAGGACUACUUCAGUGUCCAUAUUCGAAUUGUUGGGGACUGGACUCAAGCUUUGUAUGAAGCCUGCGGGGGAGACAAAACUGAGCCUCAGGAGGCCUGGAAACUGCCCAAGAUGGCCAUCGAUGGGCCAUUUGGCACAGCCAGCGAGGACGUGUUUCGGUACGAGGUAGUCAUGCUCGUCGGGGCGGGAAUCGGCGUGACACCUUUCGCAUCCAUCCUCAAGUCUGUGUGGUACAAACGCAUCCAGAACAACCAGGACGUUUUCACCAAGAAGAUCUACUUCUACUGGCUGUGCCCCGAGACGCAGGCCUUUGAGUGGUUUGCAGACCUGCUGCAGUCACUGGAGGGACAAAUGGCGGAAAAGAACGUGACAGACUUCCUGAGCUACAACAUCUACCUCACCCGCUGGAAGGAAGCAGAGGCAGCCCACUUUUGGGUGCACCACGAGGCGGAGAACGACCCAAUCACAGGGCUCAAGCAGAAGACUCUUUAUGGGAAGCCUAACUGGGACACUGAGUUCACCAGCAUUGCGUCCAAGCAUCCCGGAACCAAAGUUGGAGUCUUCUUGUGCGGGCCACCGCAAUUGGGGAAGUCCCUGGAGACUCAGUGUCUGUCACACUCAGAAGCUGACGUCAAGUUCAUUUUUAACAAGGAAAACUUUUAACCUUGGGUCCAACGCAGCAACCUGAAUAAAUAAACCUUUUUUUUAAGACAUUAGAAAGACUGAGAACUUGGAACGGAAGACUCGGACAUUUGCAUCUCCUCGGAUUGUUUACAAAAGUGCCGCUGUUGCACAAAAGCAGAUAAAUUAACUAUGUGGUACUUUCCACAUGGGCAUUGUUCUGCUUUAGCGGUGUAUCAGUAGUUGGUUUCACAACCUUGCUUCUGUUUUUCUUUUUCAGUUAAUAUUCUCUCAUCCACUCUCACAAGUCACAGUUACCAAUGUUCGUAUGCAAAGAGGAGAACGUUCACUUCUCCAAAGUGUGAUUUAACUGAAUGUAUAUACUUUGAAGUGAAAGAGCCUUAUCAAAGGACAUGUACGGUAUGUACCUUCCAGUGACCUAGUCAGAGUCAAACUUCUUCCAGCGAAAGACAUACAGAAAUAUUAAAAGGGGCCAGGAUGCGAGGCUCCUUUUAAUACAUUUUGUCCACAUUAAAGAAUGCUAAUAUCAAA